AUGUCCGACGAGGGGCUGCUCAAACCCCUGCUCCACGGCCAGUCUAUAGAUAUUAAAAAGCUGAGAGUAGGACAUGGCCCCGAUCUGCAGCACCCCAACCAGAACAGCAAAACAUGUCUGGUGACAGUGAACAGAUUCAACGACGAGUCCAGAUCACCAGACCAGUCCAUAGUGAUGAGACGGGUUGAGGCUGAGAAUGGAGAAGCUACAGGGGAACGGCUCCUUAAAUGGUCCAUGCAAGGCAGGAUCGCGGCACAAGCGUUCAGCUUCGACCAACAGUUUAAGCCCUAUCAGAAGGAUGAAUUUGUUAUGGCAUUUUUUAAUGAUCCAAAUGUGAACUCCAGUUUAAAGUUGCUCUCAGCUUCAGGACAAUGGACUACAUUGGGUUCCAAAGUGACAAAAAUUGAAGCCACAGUGGUGCCCUGUACACAGAUUUCCAUGUCAUUUUUUGAUCGGCUAUACUCUGAAGGCGUUGUUAGAGAAACUGGAGAUAUUGUCAAAUGUUAUGAUGACUAUUAUGAUGAUAUUCUCAUCUCUGAUGAAUUAAGGAAGGUCUUGCUUCUGGAAGAUUCGGACCAUUAUGACUUAUUCAGUGAAUUGGAUCGGAAAGAAUUUCUGUUCUGUCUUUUUAAGCAUCUUUGCAUUGGAGGAACUCUUUGCCAGUUUGAAGAUGCAAUUGGCCCAUACUUAGAAACUACAAAGGCUUUAUAUAAAGACUUAGUGAGCGUUCAAAAGAAUCCUGAAACAAAAGAAAUAAAUAUUAUUUCUACAGUUUUCAGAGUGUCUGCCUAUGAUGCCAGUGGCCUGCGGUACCCUUCAAGCAAGAGCCACGAGCAGAGUUUUGCCUACUUGACAGUGGACCCCUGCAAGCGACACGUGCACGCUCUGUACCACUGCUCCGGUGGAAGCUCCUUCGCUGACUAG